AUGGAGAACAGCAAGCCAGUGAAGGAGGUGCUCCCCCUGCCUCGUCAGCCUCCCUCGCUCCCUGUGACCUCUUCCUCCAUGAGCCCUGCUGCCUCUUUAAAAGGACACACCACAGGCUCCAUCCAGCAUGUGCAGGUGGCCUCCUCAGUGGUGGCGUCAUUCAGCCAUCUGAAGCCUCCACGGAGGGAUCUCACUCUCAUGUCUCACAUGAAGUCUAUAAAGUCUCUGAGACAGGCCGGCCUCACUGCUGUCUUCACUGGACAGACGGAGCUGUUGGAGGAGGAACCAAUUGUGGAUGUGAUUUUAGCCGAUAUCGACUCCCUGGUGCCCACUCAUGAUGAAGCCGGCCGACCCAUAGCAGAGUGGAAACGACAGGUGAUGGUGCGGCAGCUGCAGGUCAGACUGCAGGCCGAAGAGGAGCAAAGGAGACAGGACAUGACUAAUGGCUGCACACCCAUGGAUGGUUGGAAGUACUCACAAGCCCACAAUGCGGUCUUGGGGCCCUUUGGUGAGCUCCUAACAGAGGACGACCUGGUGUAUCUACAGCAGCAAAUCGAGACCGUUUCACUGCAAAAGCGUUGCCAGGCCUACGAGCUGGAGCUGACCAGGCUGACCGAGGAGCUCAGAUCCAUCCUACCUGAACAGAUUCUUAACAUAUCCCUCAAUAAAGAGGCUCUAAAGCAAAUGGAUGCUGGGAAAAUGCAGCUAAAUUUGCCAGUGUGGUGCAGCCGUGUCUCUGAGAUUGUUAAGAAUAUGUCACUGCUGGUGGCUAAUCUGACUCAAACCACAGGAGAAGGAGGUGAGGAGAUGAUAAACGGAAAUCUGAUGGAGGAAAUGAAGGGGGUGAGAGACAGUUUGGGGUUUCAUUUAGGGCAGGGAUUGAUGGGAGAUAUGGUGCCAGGACACAGUGACACCUCUAGUGGAUGUAAAAUUCCUCAUAUAGGGAUGGCAUCCGCUUUUAGCCAUCGGCUGGAGACCAACAGCUACAGCAAAGCCCGCAGAGAGAAGGUGGAAAGGGAGAUCCAGCAGUCUGGGGUGUCAGUCAGGAACCUCCGAUCUAACUUUGAAGGUCAGAUUGGGAAUAUCUACCCCUUUGCUGGGGUCGUGAAAGAAGAGUCUGGAAAUAUGAACCAAAAUACCAACACAGGCCUCAACUGUGAGGUUAGACAACAUAACUCAGCUAAAAGGCUAAAACCUGUGAUGGAGACGACUAGUUUGAGGAAAGAGCGUAUCGUGGUGCUGUUCCUGAGUCACUGGAAAAGAUCUGCAUAUGCUAUUUCAGUAAGAGCAGCAAGGCAGGGGCAAGGUCAGGGAACAGCGGCUGGGAAGGUAACAGGAGCCACACACCCACAGAAAAUCACCUCCAUGUUCCAGUUCUGCCAACAAAAAGGAGCUGUGGACAAGAUGCUCAACUCCUGGAAGAAUAAACUAGUACUAAAAGAUGCACAAAAGCCCCAUUUGUCCUCUUAUAACUCGUCACAAAAUCCAUCACUUCCUGUUAUCUACUCUCCAGAGCAGUUCUUACCAGAUGUGGAUGGUGUCGCAAUGACCCACGACAGCCUAACACUUGACCUCUUCAUGCUGGGAUACUUUCACAUCUUAGAGCAGGAGCUGUCACAGGAGGAGAGGAAGAUGAGGCACCUCCUCUGCUUCGAGGUCUUUGACCGCGUUGGCACUUUCCCUUGGGAGACGGUGAGGGACUUCCACAAGGCUGUUCUUCAGGAGAUCCAGGCCGGGAAGAGACGGUGGAGCGACGGCUUCGAGGACAUCAAAGUUCACUAUUUUGGUGAUUCCAAACCAUGCCGCUGUCCAUCCCCAUCUCCAUUAUCAUCAUCAACUUCAAAACUCGUGCCCAGAGUGAUAGUUCAAACCGCUAGUCCAGAUGAAAGCAGCAGUGAUACAGACAUUUCCUGUUUCAAUAAUGAAGAAAUCUGUAAAUAUAUCGACCGAAGCUUCGCCUUCUGGAAGGAGAAGGAAGCAGAGCUGUUUGAUUUUUGA